GUAAAAGAAAUUAAUUAGAUAUGGGUUUAAAAGUGUUAUACUUAUGUGGUGAAUGUGUACAUUAGAUCAAUAUAUUUUGCCUAUACAUACUUUUUAUUUAAAUUUCAACAAAUAACUUUAAUCGCUUUUACUUUUGUAAUCUCAUUUAUAUUUAUAUAUAGUUGUGCACAAUGGAAAAAAGACACCAGUUCCAAACAGUAUGCUGUAGUUCGCUUCGACGACGAGUCCGUAUCGGAGGUCCCUAUUACAUGGCUCUUCGACAAUAAUCGCAGUAGUUGGUGGCCGCGCAAUUCAAAGGUUGCGACCAGCUACAUUAAUCGUUAUUCACCCCCAGACCCAGAUAGUUGGAGUAAAUACAGUGUGGUAGCCGUUGAAGCAAUUUGUGAUUCUCUAGAAGUAGCAAGGAAGAAAGCUGAAGAUAUUCACUACAGUGAAGGUGAAGAUAAAGAUCGGGGACGUGGAAAACGAUUGGUACAACGGAGCACAUUACUAAGCAAUUUCAUCGAUGGCUCUAAUAAUGGAUCAAGCGAUAGUGAUGUUGAAGCUAGAACGAAACGAAUACUUACCCCACCUCCUGAGCUGCCACCGGAUCUUGACAUAUCCUCAAUGGAAAUGGUUAUUUUAAACAAAAAUACAAAUAUUGAUACAAUGAAUGAACAAUGUAAGUAUAUCCUCAUACAUAAUACAUACAUUUACUUCGCCAUCAAUGGUAGUUCCACACGGAGAAUAUGCAGAAGAUGAGUAUGUCGAGGAGUAUGCGGAAUCUUAUGCCGAGUCCCAAGAAGUACCAGUAAACCAAUUUAAUUCCCAAUCCAUUAAUCGUAAUGGAAAUUAUGAAAUCAGUGUGAUGCACAAAAUAUUAGAAAUGGUAACAGAAAUAAAAAUUCAAGUCAACGAUAUUGCCAGAAAUAUGCAGAGUUUCAAAGUAGACAAGCAGCCCGUUGAACAAUACGACAUAUUUACCAAAUGCCUGCCCUUAAAUAGUUUUGAAGCGAUUGAGAAGUUUGAGGAAUUAAUAAGCGACCUUGAAAUCAACAAAUUAUUUAAAACAUUUUUAACUACAAUUGGUGGAAAUGAUUACAAAGAUAAUAUAAACCGAGUUUAUAAAAUACUGUUUACAAAUGAAUUGGGAAUGGGUUGUUCCUGGUUGGGCCAGCGAAAUAACAAGCGUAUGGUAGACUUAAAAAUUAUUGCUGCUGUUAAAGAAAUAAUCAUUGGACAACACAACAUUCAACAAAAACUUAUAGAAAAUUGUUCGUCAGAGUGGUUUCGGCAUGCGCGCCAACGUUAUCAGCGAGAAAAAAAAUGAAACUUACUUUUUCAUCUAUUUGUCCUCACUUUUAUUUACUAGUUCAUAUAAUAUCAUACAUGUUUGACCAAUAAAUGCGUUUUUGA